GACAGACUUGAAUUAACAGCGCAACUGCACGAAUUUACAAAAGUUGUCCUGAGCAGGAUGUUGUUAAAAACAGUCAACGUCAUCAUCAGCGUUCACCUGCAUUGUCUGGAUUCCACCAUAAAGAUUGCUUACAACAUGGCACAGAAUGGAUUCCGUGUGCCUCCUAGAAUUAAGUUCGCUAAAACUAAGGAGGAGGAACUUUAUAAUUCACUGAUGGAGAUGGCGACGAAGAAGCAAGAUGAACUGAAGAAGAUGAUUUGUGGUAUGAUUGACAGAAAGAAGGAGGAGCUUAUUCAGAAAGCGGCCACUUGUGAGAUUGUCGGUAUAGAACUAUCAGAAGAUGGAUUGGUAGGUUCAUCUAAGGACUUGAAGUUCUGCUCCGAGCAGAUUGAAGAUUUCGUACUCCUCAACUUGAAUGGCAUGAUAGCUGGAGAACUCGUUAACUCUGUUGAUGUGUUGAGAGAGAGUUACAUAGGCAUUCUGUCGAGGUGUCUGAAAUCAUUGGAACAGUUGGACGUGGAGACAGGGUUGGAAUCUUCAAGGACAUCCAGAGCUCUUAAAGACAUUUUAAGCACAGCAUACCAAGUGAACAUAACAUUACAAACUAAUGAUUCAUUUGUCAGAGCAUUCAUUGAAAGGAUGAAACACGUUCUGCAUUCAAUUUGGUCCCGCCCCUCGAUGAAAAUUGAUGCUGAUUGGAAGAAAAAAGUUGCCUCGGAAAUGCUGUCAUCAUUAAAUGAAUCUCGUUGCCAAAAAAGCAUAUGCAAUCAGAUAAAGGAACGUCUGAAGAAGUCUCAUCAAACUUUCGAGCAGUGCCUGAAACAGUUGGAGGUCAAACACAGCGGUCAGCUGGAACGAACCGAGGUCCAGAGGCUGACCAUAAGGAAAGAAUAUGCCCCUAGAGUGGCCAAACUAAGUCUCGAAAGCCGAUCUCUCAGAGACUUGCUGCUGCAUGGCAAACCAAAGUUGGGUGCGAUGAUUGGCAAUGGUCAGUACGGGGUUGUUUUUAUGUGUGACUCGUGGGCCGGCUUCAAGCCCUGUGCCGUCAAAACAAUGGUGCCCCCGGAUGAAAAACAUUGGAAUGAUCUUGCCAUGGAGUUCUACUAUACUAUGAACAUUCCGGAACACGACAGGAUAGCAGUACUUAGGGGUUCCGUUAUUGAUUACACGUACAGUUCCAAUGGUCUGGCGGUCAUGUUGAUCAUGGAUAAGUUGGACAUGGACCUGCAUACCGCUAUUGAGAAGAAGUUGAGUUGGAUUGAACGACUCCAGAUAUCGAUUGACGUAGUCGAAGGCAUUCGAUACUUGCAUAGUCAGGGCCUCGUACAUAGAGAUAUCAAACUUAAGAACGUAUUGAUAGACGGCAACAAACGCGCCAAGCUGACCGACCUUGGUUUCUGUAAACCUGAAACUCUAAUGACGGGUAGUAUCGUUGGCACUCCCAUACAUAUGGCGCCUGAACUUGUUUCUGGCAAAUACGACCACAGUGUGGACAUAUACGCAUUCGGAGUUUUGUUCUGGUACUUAUGUUCUGGAUGUGUCCAGUUGCCUCUGAGAUUUGAGAAAUGUCCCAGCAAGGAAGUUCUGUGGAACUGCGUCAAAAAAGGUUGUCGACUUCGACCGGAGAAACCAAAAGACGUGGACCCGGAAUGUUGGGACUUGAUGCUGGCUUGUUGGCACAGCAAUCCAGACGUGCGACCUCUACUCGGUGAAAUUGAACUCACUCUAAGAUCAAUCUUCGAUAGAGUCGUCAAAGAAGCGGCUACCACAGCUGGAAAGGCAGCUACCAUAGCUGGAAAUACAGCUGCUACUGCUGUGAAUGCAGCUACUACUGCUGCUAAUGCAACUACAAAAGGAGGAAAGAGAGAUAAUGAUGCUAAAGGGAGAGCUGAUGAUUUCUUGAAGUGUGAAGGCGUGCAGGGAUUCGGUGCUGACAAUGAUGCUAGUUGUUGUUACCAUGGUGAUGGUGAUGACGAUUGUAGCGAUGAUAGCUUCGAUGAUUGUGACGACGACGAUGAUGAUGAUGACGAGGAGGAGAAGGAGGAGGAGGAGGAGUGGAAGAAAGAUGAUGGUGAUGAUGAUGUACGUCGUUUUAGAAGGGUGAAUGAUGAUAAUAAUAAUGAUAAUGAUACUCUGAGGUGA